AUGAAGUACUAUGAGGAGACCAUCUCAUUUUUAGGGGAGUGGGGUCCUUUUCAACGACUGAUUUACAUUGUCUUGAGUCUUGGUGCCAUUCCCAAUGGAUUCACUUCCCUAGUCAUGGUUUUCCUUGCGGACACUCCUCCUCAUCACUGCAGAGUUCCAUCACUGAACAGCAGCUAUGGAGGACUGGGCUACAAUCUGUCCAUCCCGACUGAGGAGCUGAAAGGGGAGACCAUCCUGAGUCGCUGCAGACGCUACACUGAACAGGAAGACUCUGACUCUGUCUACAGCAAUGACACAGAGGGCUGUCUGGAUGGCUGGGUUUUCAGUAAGGACAGAUACGUGUCCACUAUUGUCACUGAGUGGAAUCUGGUGUGUGACGAUGGAUGGAAGGGUCCCUUUACAUUAACUGUGUUCUUCUUUGGAGUACUGGUUGGAUCUUUUUGUUCUGGAAUUUUGUCAGACAGGUAUGGCAGGAGGAUCACUUUCUUCUCUGCAAAGACCCUGCAGAUUCUCAUCAGCUUACUUAUGGCUUUCUCGAACAGCUGGGAAAUGUUCUGUGUAGUUUUCUGGCUUGCAGGAGUAGUGUCUAUCUCCAGUCACAGCGCUUGCUUUGUACUUGGCUCUGAGAUACUCAAUAAAUCAGCACGUGAGAGUUUUGGGAUCAUUGGGGUUGGUUACGGCUAUGCCAUUGGCUAUGGUUUCCUACCACUAUUCGCAUACUACCUUCGGGACUGGAGGACACUGCAGAUAGGACUGUCUCUGCUCGGGUUUUUAUAUUUUCCCCUCUUUUGGUUCAUCCCAGAGUCCCCUCGCUGGCUCAUCACUCAGGGCCGGUUGCAGGAGGCAGAGGCCAUCAUUCGAACUGCUGCCAAGAAGAACGGCAUCACGCCACCAGAGGACAUCUUCCAGACAGAGUUCAGUAUCAAAACUAAGGAAACCGAGCUUGAAUCAAAGGGUCAGGAUAAGUUCACUUGGCUGGAUCUCUUAACAACUGUAAAUAUACGAAACAUGACUAUUAUAAACAUCGCUAUCUGGAUAACUGUAUCCCUGACAUACUAUGGCCUGUCCUUUAACACCUCCAAUCUGGAUGGGGAUCCUUAUCGCAACUGCCUCAUUUCCGCUGGCACACAAUUCCUUGGUUACACUUUUGUGUGGUUCAUGUUAUGUUACACUCCACGCCGGGUCAUUCUGCCAUUCACUCUUCUUGUUGGAGCGGCUUCCCUGCUGCUCACCCAGCUUGUGCCUGAAGAUCUCAGUGGGUUGACUGUCACCUUGGCAAUGGCAGGAAGAUUGGUUGUAACUGGGGCCUUUUCCUUCCUUUAUGUCUAUUCCACGGAACUCUUUCCCACUGUGGUGCGCAGUAUGGGAUUGGGUGUCUGCUCCAUGGCUGCCAGAGUUGGAUGUGCUGUCUCGCCAUACAUAGCUCAUAUUGGUACAUAUAACAAGAUACUACCUUUUGUUCUGAUGGGUGCAAUGAGUCUCCUCUCUGGUGGUCUGAGCCUGUUGUUACCUGAGACAAAAGGAGAAAAACUCCCAGAACUCAUUAGCCAAGUCAAACCUGUCCAGUGUUGUUGCUCUAAGGUGAGGUCUGGUGAUACGAAGGGUCAGGAUGGCGAUGUGCAUUUGAGGAAUGAAGAUGAAAUUACACCAACAAAAGGACAGGAAGCUGCUGUUGGCAAAAUUUGAUGAAACCUUUUGAACACAUCAAGCAGAAGACUGUUUUGCAUCUGUGGAACCUGCAAGAGAUGUCUUGUGUUACUGUCUAAAAACAUCAAUUGUUAUUGUUAUGAACUUAUUACCGCAUUGUAGGUAAAGAAUUAUAGAGUUCAAGUGUUGAUUGCGUAAUUUCACACCA